AAUUUUGUAGAUAAUGUCAGCUGAGAAGAUGUCUUUGACUAAAGAUACUGAUAGGAGUACGCAGACGGGAAGGAGUAGGCAAAAUGCCAAACCUGCAAAACAGGGACGGUCCAGUUUACCAAGUGCAACAGCAGUCUGUGACCAGAUGAGUAAUUAUAAAUCAUCAUUGAAAAAGAAGGGUACAAGUGUUCUACAUGAAGAUUUACUGUUAUUGUCGAAUCAACAUAUUACUAAAGAAUCUGGCCCAGGACCUCCGACAGAUGUUUCUACGGCACAUUAUUCAACAGUUAAUGGUUAUUUACGUAGAGUUUAUUGGAAACAAGCAGAGAAACAGCAGCUUAUCGAUGGAUACAAGGUGUUUACAUCAGUAGAUGGUAAAUCAUGGAAAUUGAAGAUGGUAUGUGACAGUAAAACACAUCAUUUCAGUGGUUUACCAAUGGGCAUAAAGAUUGGAGUUUGUUCAUUCAAAGACAAUCAGGACAGUGAAAUAGUUGUGAGCAAACCUCUCAAAACAGGACGCAACCCCUCUGACAGUGCUGAACUCUACAAAAGCAAUUCUUAUGUGUUUGUGAAGCAUUCAAAUGAUAUACUAGUUCCUGGUGGCAUAGAAUCACCAGGAUCUUAUGCUAUUAUCAAGAGUAAUGUGAAGAUGGUGCCACUGAAGUUUCACAAAGUUUUGUGUACACCAAUCAAGCUUACAGCCCUUGAUAGUAAAAAUAGUGGUGAUGAACUCGAGUCUAAAUCAGAGUUUUAUAAAAGUGUCAAGUACUGUUUCUGUUUGGAAGCAGAUCUUGUCAAUCGGAUACUGAACUCAAAAGAACCAUCAUGGGAUACAUAUGGUGUACAGGUAUUCCUGAGAUUUUGUUUAAAUGAUCAAAGAUGUAUUCAAGAAGAUGUAAUACCAUAUUGUAUGGUCAAAGUUAACAACAAGAUUGCAUUACUUCAGGUAAAGGACAAACAUAGCGGACCUGUGGAUAUUACCCACUUAUGUAACUUUACUAAAGGAAAGGAUAGUGAAGAUUAUCUCCUUAUUGAAUGGGUGCCAAGUAUGAGAAAGAGAUACUGUAUGAUGUUAUGUGUGGCAGAAAAACUAUCUAUACCUGGUGUAGUGUCUAACUUGUUGGAGAACAGUGUGAAAGAUCAGUCCAUCACUACAGAGAUGGUCCAGCUUAAGUUUGAGUUUGACAAGGAUAUUAGCUGCACAAGUCUGAAAGCUUCUCUGAUUUGCCCAUUGGGACAGACACGUCUAGUAUCACCAUGUAGAGGAUCUAACUGUACUCAUAUACAAUGUAUGGAUGCCUUAACAUUGUUGAAGAUGAAUCAAGAACGUCCAACACUAAACAAGAAAUGUUACAUGUGUGACCAACUCCUUGGUGAUGUGUAUAUAGAUGGAUUAUUUUUGAGUAUUUUAUCAACUAUACCCGAGUGUGUAAAUGAAGUAGAGUUUAAACAAGAUGGCUCGUGGGUGUAUGAUAGUCCAGAAUACUCUGGCCCCUCAGAGAAAAAACUAUGGACAAUGGAUGGAACAGAUGUGAAUAGAGAAUUGCAAAAAUCUCAAAGUAAAAAAAUUCCUGAAGAUAGAGGGACAGACAAUUUUAAUGAAAGUGAAAGUGAUAUCUUAAGCGCAAUGAAUUUCCAUUUGUCAAAACUUAAAUCACAUCUAGACCUACUUGAUAAUAUGUCAACUUCACAUGAACAAUUUAAAGAUGUUAGUAUGGAAGAUGAUAUGAACCUAGUGUCACAUAAGAAGGAUGAUACGGAUAUGAGGACUCAGGGACACAGUGGCAGUGAUAUUGAACAAAGGCAGACAAUGGAUAGUGGUGAAGGGAUUGAUGUUUGUGACAAGGGCACAGAUAUGUUCAUUGCACCAAAAGAAGAGAUUAAUUUGAUAAGCGAUGCUGAGGAAGAGAAUUGCAGAAUAACAUUUGUCGAGAACCAAGAUACAGAGGGGAUAGAUAAUAAGGCCAGUAUAGAGCGAUUAUAUAAAGAGAGAGAGAUGAGUAUUGAAACAGAAACAAAAAUUGAAAAAAUGAUUGCUAAAAUGCUAAAGAAAGUGAAAAAGAAUGGAAAAGACAAUGAAACAGAGGAUAAGAAGAAAGGUGAUGAUUUGGUCAGUGUAAGUGAUGAUGGUGGGAAAAAAGAUGACCAUGUAGAGAAGAAUGUUCAAUCAACAGAUGGGAAUUUUAGCAUAUUAGAUCAUCAGUGUCAUGAUGGUAAAGAGGAGGUUGUACACAUUGACUUAGAUAUGGAUUCAUUGGCAGGGAAUGCAAGUAAGUGCCCCACUUCUCCAUACAAGUGUAAAGAGGGUGGGACUUUGUCCUUUAACGAUAGAACAAACUUAGAAAGAGUAACUAAUUCUGAAAAUGAAGAUCUCAACCUUGAUAAUCAGAUAGAAAGUAUUACUCAUAGUGAAUCAAAUGAUGAUGAUGAAACUGAAAAAGUGAAAAAUGAUAAUGAAACUAAAAAAGUGAAAAGUGAUAAUGAAACUGAAAAAGUGAAAAAUGAUAAUGAAACUGAAAAAGUAAAAAAUCUAAAUGAAACAGAAAAAGUGAAAAAUGAUAAUGAAACUGAAAAAGUGAAAAAUGAUAAUGAAACUGGAAAAGUGAAAAAUGAUUAUGAAACUGAAAAAGUGAAAAAUGAUGGUAUUGACAAUGUAUUGGACAAUGACAAUAAAAAAAGCAAGGUAGAAUCUGAGAAUGAUCUUGGAAAACACAAAUCUUGUUCAGAAAAGGGAAAACAUCAAACCAACACUGGAACAUACAUUGAUCAAGUUCAUUCAGGAACUACUAGAGUAGGCAGAAAAAUUAAGAAACCAGUUCCUUUUGACCUUCGAGAAAACCAUUUAAAUCAAAGCAAUGUUCUUAGAUCUGAUGAUGGUUUAAAUGAGUCUGAACAAAGACUUAACAAGAGUGUAAAACUUUCCAGUUUCAAAACAAAAGGUUUAAAGGACAAGGAAAUGUGUGUACCUGUGCAGGACCAAAAUGAUGACAGUUCAAAAGACAAUUCAGAAAAAGUUGUUGUGGAUGAGAAAGAUAAUACAAGGAAAGUUAAUGUGAUUGAAAAAGACAAUUCAAAGAAAGAUGAUGCGAUUGAGAAUGGCAAAUUGGAGGAAGUUGAUGCAAUUGAGAAAGACCAUUCAAAGAAAGUUAAUGUGAUAGAGAAAGGCAAUGCACAGAAAGAUGAUGCAAUUGAGAAAGACAAUUCAAGGAAAACUGGUGUGAUUGAGAAAGACAAUUCAAGGAAAGUUGAUGUGAUUGAGAAAGACAAUUCAAAGAAAGUUAAUGUGAUAGAGAAAGGCAAUGCACAGAAAGAUGAUGCAAUUGAGAAAGACAAUUCAAGGAAAACUGGUGUGAUUGAGAAAGACAAGUCAAGGAAAGUUGAUGUGAUUGAGAAAGACAAUUCAAAGAAAGUUGAUGUAAUUAAAAAAAACAAUUCCAGGAAAGUUGAUAAGAUUAAAAAAGACAUUUUAAAAAAAGUUAACUUGAUUGAGAAAGACCAUUCAGAGAAAGUCGGUGUGAUUGAAAAAGACAAUUCAGAGAAAGUCGGUGUGAUUGAAAAAGACAAUUCAGAGAAAGUGGGUGUGAUUGAAAAAGACAAUUCAGAGAAAGUCGGUGUGAUUGUAAAAGACAAUUCAGAGAAAGUCGGUGUAAUUGAAAAAAAACAUUCAGAGAAAGUUGGUGUGAUUGAAAAAGACAAUUCAGAGAAAGUGGAUGUGAUUGAAAAAGACAAUUCAGAAAAAGUUGGUGUGAUUGAAAAAGACAAUUCAGAGGAAGGUGAUGUAAAUGAGAAAGACAAUUCAGAUGAAGCUGACAUCAGAGUUGUAGAAGAUUUUGCAUUAGUAACAUUAGAGGAAGAGCCGGUUCUUUCACAUAAAGAAUUGCUUGGUAGAGCCAAAAGAAAAAGACGGGGAAAAAAGAAAUUGAUGAUUGAUGAAAUAAAGGAACUAACUCAGGUACAGAUAAGACAUCAGGUUAUGAUUGACAGUUUUCAUAACAAACAAAAAAUGGACAUUGCUCCAUCCACUAAGUAUCUUAUGAGAAGUACAGGGUCUGGAAUAAAAAGAAUACGCAAGAAAUCAAGAGCAGGUGCUGAAGAUGUUCUUCGGCAUCCCAGCUUACCACUACCAAAAAAACUUCGAAAUUUAUUUGAGAGAAAUCUUGUCACAGUUCCUGAAAAAGAAACAGAGAAAGUUAGUCAGGAAGAAAGUGCAUCUUUACAAAGUAACGAUGCCAACAGUGGAGAAGUGACAGUAGAAAAUGAACAACCUAUAAAGAUCAAACGUACAAGGAAACGCCGUAGAGGAUAUAAAUAUCGUCCGAGGAACCUCUCUAAUACGGCAUCUACAUCGACAGAAAUGUCUACAGGUAUACCAAAAGCCAACCCAAAACUCCAUCAACUUGAAUUUCGAAAAGACAAUGAUGACCAAGAUGACCAUGAUGCCUCAAAAGGAUUUAAUCUGAAGGGGGAUAUUGAGGCAGAUCUGUUAAAGGUUACCACAUAUGCAGCUGAACAUGGUUUCAAAACAAUAGCUUUGAUCUAUAAUUUUACAAAGGAUUUGAAAUAUGGUAUGCAAAGAAAGUAUGAGGUACCUGGCACUUGGACAGUAAAAAGGUUCAUUGAUGGUCAUCCAGAACUAGAGCAACGUUUAUAUGACAGUCCUUUCAAUGAGAAAAUAUUUGAAUAUAUGUCCAAAUGGUAUGAUCUACUGAAGACAGUAUUAACCAAAUAUGAAGUACUUAACAAGGCAAAUCGGAUAUUCAGUUGUGAUAAGCUUAAAAUAAAGGUAGAAAAUUUUGCAAGCGAUAGUGAUGAAAAAGGCUGUAGUCGUAAAGGAUCACAUGGUUUGAAAUGCAUACACACUCACAUCUGUGUAUGUGCCAAUGGAAGAUUUCUACUACCAGAUUUCACAGACUUGGAGAUAUUGAAGAAAAAUGAUGACAAAAAUAGAAGAAAUGAAAGUAAGGCUUUCUUGAACUGGUUUAAGAAUAACUUUCUCCAAAAUUGUGGGAAAGAGAGACCAGUCUGUCUUCUAAUGGUGAACUGUGUAGAUAUCCUAUCAGUGCAACUACUUGAGACUGCAAUCAGAAACGAAGUUGUUCUAAUUGGAUUCCCUCUGUAUGCUGCUGAAACUUUACAACCAUUGAAAAAUAAGAUUCUUGGAAGACUAAAUACAUAUAUCAACAAGUGUAUUAUUCUCAGCAGGCAUACUGAAGUGCGAAUGGAACAAUUAAAAAGGUUUAUGUAUGCUGGUAUUAAACAGCAUAAACCAUCUCGUGUCCAAGAAGCAUUUCGUGCCUGUGGUAUUUGCCCACUUGGCCAAAUGGUGCCAAGGAAAAACAUAAACCCAAAUGAUCUUAGAAAGGAAACCGAUGAAGGUGUGAAUUUAAGCUGCAAAACUGCUUCAGAUGUGAUAGUUAUAGAUGAUGAUAAUGUUGUUGUAGAUGAUACACAGACAGUACCAGUACAAGGAGACAAUCAACAUACAAGUGCAACACAUCCGCAGAUGUCACUACAAAAUUCAAGUACAACAGUAAAUAGUAAAUCCAUUUCAAAACAGAAAGAAUCUGCAAUUUGUAAGGUCUUACCAACAGCUAAAGAAACUGCGCAAGUAAUUACAAUGUGUAAAACAGUCAAAGGACCAAACACUGACAUGGCAACAAUUUCUACCUGUAAAGCAGCUUCAGUGAAUAGACGUGAUAAAAAAGCAAAUGUGGUGCUAAAAUAUAAAGAUUCAAAACAAAUAAGUAAGAUAAGUAAAACAGGUUCAAAAAGAGGCAAAACGCAAGCAAAUACCAAGUUUGAAAUGGUUCGAGUACUUAGAGGCAAGAGACAAGCUUGUGCCAUGCGUGGAACUGUUCUGCCUCGACAAGAGGAGGCUGGGUCAAAUGUAAAAUGUAAAAAGAUUCCACCACAUAGAAUUAAAAAGUAUGGAAGACUUUCCUUUAAAAGGCAUGCUAAACAAACAAAUGUAGACUAUAAAGCAGUUUCUGAUGGGAAAGGAUAUCUACAAACAUACAAGAAAAAAGCUUCAAGACAGUCACCUGUUACACGUCGUGUUUUGCCAGAAACAGUUUCUGAUUUAGACCAGAUAUCUAAGCGUCAUGUUGGAAGUAAAGUUUCAUACAGUAAUACCAAACAGUCUGUAAUGCAGAAUACACAUAGUACACUUUACAAAAGGCAAACAAGAAAUACAAAAGAAGUGCCUUUUGUACCAUAUUUUACGACUUACUUAUUUAUGAAUAAUUUGUCAAAAAACACCGAUCAGGGUGCCACCAGUAAAGUAAAUACCAGACAGGAUAGCAACAAACAGGGCACUAUCACGCAGAAUAACACCAGACAGGGCACUAUCACACAGGAUAACACCAAACAAGGCACUAUCACUCAGGGUAACACCAAACAAGGCACUAUCACACAGGAUAACACCAGACAGGGCACAAUCAGACGGGAUAACACCAGACAGGGCACUAUCACACAGGAUAACACCAGACAGGGUGCCACCAGUAAAGUCAAAUCCAGACAGGAUAACAUCAAACAAGGCACUAUCACACAGGAUAACACCAAACAAGGCACUAUCACACAGAAUAACGCCAGACAGGGCACUAUCAGACGGGAUAACACCAGACAGGGCACUAUCAGACUGGAUAACACCAGACAGGGCACUAUCACACAGGGUAACACCAGACAGGGCACUAUCACACAGGAAAACACCAGACAGGGCUCUAUCACACAGGAAAACACCAGACAGGGUGCCACCAGUAAAGUCAAAUCCAGACAGAGUGACACCAGACAAGGCACUACUACACAGGAUAACACCAAACAAGGCACUAUCACACAGGAAAACACCAGACAGUACAAUACCAGACAAUAUAACACGAGGCAGGAUCCUACCAAGCAAGAUAACUCCACUCAAGAUAACACAAGACAGGAUAACACCAUGCAAGAUAACACCAAGCAGGAUAACACCAAGCAAGAUAACACCAAGCAGGAUAACUCCAAACAGGAUAACUCCAAACAGAAUAACACCAAACAGGAUAACACCAAACAGGAUAACACCACUCAGGAUAACACCAGACAGUACAAUACCACAAAUGCUAAUACUGGCAAAAUAUCAGGUCGGCAAUAUAGGAAUAGAAUUGAGACCCACAUUACUCCCAAUAUGGUUAAUGUUAAGAGAAUUCCGGAAACUCCUGUAAUUCAGAAAGAGUUAGAAGUUGUUCAUAGGAGCAUGGAAAAGAGUGAAGAAACAAUUGACAUAAGCCAAGUUAAAGAAACUGAAAAAUUGACAGUAUUAAAAGGUCAAGGUGCUAAAACGUCACCUGUCAAAGUACAGCAAGAAGAUGUAGCUUUAUCACAAUCUGGUGUUGAUCUUGGCGUAAAUCGGGGGUCAGUGAUGAAAGACUUGAUACAGAAAAUAUCAAAGCGUGAUAAUGUAUGCGUGAUGACUUACAUGGAGGAGAAGUUUCUGCUGAAUUUAGUGAUGUACAUGUUAGAGCACGGAUUUCCCAUGUCCUUGGUGAAGACAUGUGCAUUUGUCAAACAGGUUAUUCACAGAUUUGGACGUAAAUCAAAAAGUAGCCAGGCAUUGACACGUCGUUGGGUACAAGAAUUCUUCACUAGUCAUCCAGAGAUUGCUCAUCUUAAACACCAAAUGAUUUUAGAAGAAACCACUCCAACUGCAGAAUGUAUUUCUAAUUGGUUUACAAACUUGGAAAAAUUAUUGACCAAGUAUGAAAUAAAAGACAAACCUGGACAGAUAUAUAGUUUUCACACAGUAGACUGGGAUUGUACAGAUUUUAUGAAAAUUAAAGACGGAGGUGAAGAAGUAAAUAGAAGUACAAUAAAUAAACAUGUUUCAGCAAGUCUUUGUGUUUGUGCUGAUGGAAGCUUCUGGCCUUCAACAGUGGUGUUCCAGGGACUGCUACCAAGUAUGAAGGACUUGCGUGAACUUCCAUCAGCAAUGUGUUAUGCUACAUCAGAAUUUGGUUGUUUUAACAACCAGAUAUUUCUGGAAUGGUUCCAGACAUGUUUUAUUCCGAAUUGUGGAUCAAUGCGACCAGUCUGUUUACUGCUGAACAAUAUGUGCAGUCUUCUCACUGUACCAAUCAUAGAGGCUGCAGUAGAAAAUGAUGUUGUCUUGGUUGGAAUCCCUUCUCACGCUGCAUCAAUAUUGCACCCUAUAGAGGCAAAGAUAAGUCAUCCGUUGAAUACCUCAAUAAGUACUUUAUGUAAAUCUAUGUUCUCUGAUGGAACUAUAACUAGUGCAAGAUUUCCCGCCCUUCUAGAGCAAGCUGUAGAUCACAUGUCAUCAUCACAAGUAAAACAGGCAUUUCAAGUUACUGGAGUUUGUCCUUUUAAUCAGUGUGCUAUUGAAGUGAAUAGUUUGACACAUACUGACAGUCCAGAUGACAGAGCUACAUGGAAAAAUAGCAAACAAGUUCUAGAGCAGGGAAGUCCAGAAGCAUCAACAUCUGCAGGCAGUGUGAGACAGAAAUUAAAACAUAAAGGAAUACCAAUGAAAGAUUCCAAUCAAAGUGAUGACAUAGACAAUGCAGGAGAAUAUAGAGACAGUGUUAUAGAUUCAGGGAAAACUUCACAAAGUCCUUCAAAAAGAAAGUUAGAAGAUGCACAUGUUAGUCCAAUUGUAUGUUUAAAACGGAUGAAGAUAAACGUCAAUGGUCAUCCAUUAUACAGUUAGAGACAAUGUUGUAUGAUAUGAUUGUUUCUUGUUAUGAUAUACUGUGUUCAGAUCUAAAGUCUUAAAUGUUUUAACCAGGUAUCUACUUUAUAUAUAACAUCUGUUAUAACUCAUGUUUAUGUAGGGCAAAAAGAGGGAACAUGGAAAUUUCUGUUCAGUUGAAUAUAUGCCUGUGUAAAUCUGCCACUUUUGGCGAUCACCUUAAUAGGAACAAAGAGAUAAAACAGAACCUAUGCUUUAAUGCUUGUUCAUAUUGUAAAAUACCAGCAUAUUUUGUGUUUUAUUUUGUCUUUUUCGUAAUCAUAAACAGGAUGAUUUUGGAUUUGUUUUUUCUUCAAGAGUUUUACUUUAAAUUGUGUUUAUUCUGUAUUGUUAAUUGUAUCUUUAAUAGUUUAUGUUGUUGAGUGCAAUAAUUCACAUAAAAGUACAUGUCAGGAAGCAUGUAUCUUUAUCAUAAAAUGAAAAAAAAAAUAUUUCUCAGGAAAAGCAUGAGGCUCAUACUUGUAUUGUUGGUAAGGGGUACCAUUAAAUUACCUGAUAUUUCACCAGCUCAAAUCAUUUUUUUGAACCCCCAGUUUAAUCUCAAUAAAUGAAUCUAGUAUUUUUGUAUAUACAUGUAUCACAUUUGUGCCUUUUCAUUUCAUUGUGAGAAAAGUUUGAUAUACCUACAUAAUUAUGAUAACAGUGUAAAUACUAUAUUUUAAAUAUUAUGUUUUGUUACUAUGGUAACCAUGCCAGCUUUGUUUUGUUUACUUGAGCACACUGUGUUCAUAUUCACUUUCUGACUGGUGUCAGUUAUCAUGCACUGUUAACAUAGAAGUUUCUUAUGUGAUGUAUAUACACAAUGUAUCUAUGUAGUAAAAAUUUAAAGAUCUGAAAAAGUCUUCUGGAAAGCGAAUGGUUAAAGCUUAAAUAUUUGUCUUGUGGCCCUGCUUCAUGAUUGCAUAUUAAAGUCUUUGGGUCAACAUCUGUCCUGUCUGGAGGAUGUCAUGGGAUUUUCUUAUGUAUGUUUAUUGUUGAAACUUAAAAAGUCUUUAAUAAAACCUGAAAGGCUGAUGCGUACUUAUUGUCUAGUGGGUCUGUUUCAAUAUUGUUCAAAUUAUGUCAUUUGUCCUAUUUUCUUUAUAUAAUUUUAAGUCAGUCGAUUUACCUUGCCAGUGAUCAUUAAAAACCUACGAACAGUAGAAUGCUUUGGCUUCAGUUGAAGAAUAACUAAAAACUAGCUUCUUUUUGCUGUUACAUUUGUAAUAUACGAACAGACAUUGUUGAUUUUAUUUACAGGGUCUGGUUAUAGCUGACAUUAACUUUCAACAUAUUACACCAUUACAAUGUGCUCAGGUUGUUUAAUAAGAAUAAUUAUGCACUGUAUGAAAAUUUAAAUGUAUUGGUUACUAGUAUGUUGUUAUAAAUUGGAAGCCUUGAUAUGUCAUUAAAAUGUUUAAAAACA